GGAUCCUCUCAGUGGCCAGCAAACAGAAAGUCUGUGUGUGAGAGAAGGUGAGACCGGGAGCUCAACACCGAACUGAAGGCGCCUCUUCUGGGGGAGUCUGAAAUUUGAAGUUUCUUUCCCGUGGAAGACUCCAAACCAAAGAAAUAGAAAAAUCUAUCCAAGAUGACUGUCACUUACUCCAGUAAAGUAGCAAAUGCGACUUUUUUUGGAUUUCAUAGGUUACUCCUCAAGUGGAGAGGCAGCAUCUACAAACUACUGUACAGGGAGUUUAUUGUUUUUGCUGUUCUCUAUACAGCGAUAAGUUUGGUGUACAGAUUGUUACUUACAGGAGCCCAAAAACGUUACUUUGAAAAAUUAUCAAUUUACUGUGACAGAUAUGCUGAACAAAUUCCAGUAACCUUUGUGCUUGGGUUUUAUGUGACUCUGGUAGUGAACCGAUGGUGGAACCAGUUUGUGAAUCUGCCCUGGCCGGACAGGCUGAUGUUCCUCAUCUCCAGCAGUGUUCACGGAAGCGACGAGCACGGGCGUCUGCUCAGAAGGACGCUGAUGCGCUAUGUAAACCUCACUUCCCUGCUCAUCUUCCGCUCGGUGAGCACAGCUGUGUACAAAAGGUUUCCCACCAUCGACCAUGUGGUUGAAGCAGGCUUUAUGACUGCAGAUGAAAGAAAACUAUUUGAUCACCUCAAAUCUCCUCAUCUGAAAUACUGGGUUCCAUUUAUCUGGUUUGGAAAUCUCGCAGCUAAAGCCCGGAAGGAAGGUAGAAUAAGAGACAGUGUUGACCUGCAAUCACUGAUGACAGAAAUGAACCGAUACCGUUCUUGGUGCAGUCUCUUAUUUGGUUACGACUGGGUUGGGAUUCCCCUAGUUUACACCCAGGUUGUCACUCUGGCUGUCUAUACCUUCUUCUUUGCAUGUCUGAUUGGACGCCAGUUUUUGGAUCCCACCAAAGGCUAUGCAGGACAUGACUUAGACCUUUACAUUCCAAUCUUCACUCUCCUGCAAUUCUUCUUCUAUGCAGGAUGGCUCAAGGUAGCUGAGCAGCUUAUCAACCCUUUUGGAGAAGAUGAUGAUGAUUUUGAAACCAACUGGUGCAUUGACAGAAAUCUGCAGGUCUCUCUUUUAGCUGUGGAUGAAAUGCACAUGAAUUUACCCAAGAUGAAGAAGGACAUUUACUGGGAUGACUCUGCUGCUCGACCACCAUACACACUGGCAGCUGCUGAUUACUGUAUCCCCUCAUUUCUGGGGUCAACUAUCCAAAUGGGGCUGUCUGGGACUGACGUCCCUGGCGAGGACUGGCUGUGGGAUUAUGAGAAGCACGGCCCUCGCCGUUCGGUGAUUAGAAAAGUCAAGAGGUUUCUGAGUGCCCACGAACACCCGUCCAGCCCCAAGAGGAGAGCCUACGGGAGGCAGGCCAGCGACAGCUCCAUGUUCUUCCCGCCCCUCGACCUCAGCCCAACCAGGGAUCUGCUGGACGUGCCGCCCAGGAGCCCCCACCGGGCCUCAGCCUCCCAGAAGCAACCCAACUUCCGGGAGGGGAGCCCCAAGAUGCACUCCAGCCUGGGGGAACUGUCCACCAUCAGGGAGACCAGCCGGACGAGCACGUUACAGAGCCUGACUCCCCAGGCCAGCGUGAGUGGCUCCCCCACCAAAAUGCCGCAGGUCCCCGAGGUGCUGAUUACAGAGGCAGAGGAUCUCCACGACUCUCUGGCCUCCAUCCGCAGCUCAGACUUCACCGGGGUUCAGCCAAGCGGGCCUGGGCAGCAGGAGGACCCUGUGGAAUUGUUGAUGUUCCCCUCAGAGGAGACACGGCCUCAAGACCACAGCCUCCAGGCUGUUUCAGGCAAAGCUGAGAGAAACCUCCUCAGCGUAACCCCUGAGGAAUACGCCGAUGAGAAUGACUUGUUCCGGAAAAGGUGGAGCCUCCCGGGAUUCCUGGAGUCCAGCCACCCGUCCCUGGCAGGCAUAAAUCCAGAUACUGUGAGCUCUGAGCCAGCUCUUUUACUUGACACAGAAACAUCCUCAGAGGCCAGUGGCAUCAACUCUGUGGCUGGCUCUCCGGUCUCUCCUGAUGUGCUGUAUUUAAUGGAAAACCUGGACACCAAGGAGACAGAUAUCAUAGAUAACAAUGAGGAAGCCCGCAAAGGAAUGCCAGAAAGUUCUAGGACCUGGUUCUAGUCUAG